AUGGACUUUCUUAUUGGUAAGGGGGGUGAUGGCACGCGAGUUUAUGUAGGAUUAGGAAGAGAUGGAUGCGAGAGGGCUGUAAAACGUUUGCCCAGAGAUGCUUGCUUUCCAUUGGCUGAACAGGAAAAGGAAGUUUUGGACGUGCCCAGUGUAAGGGGGUCAAAUUAUGUGAUAAAAUAUUGGUGGUUAGACUUCCAGAGCGACAAGGAGUACUUAUUUCUAAUCAUGGAUUUAUGUGAGGAAACAUUGGAAAAUUUUGUACAUCGUAGCACUUCGGACGAUCCGGAAACAAUUGCGCAUAUCAUUCGUCAAAUUUUAAAAGGGUUAGCUGAUCUCCAUCGCGAUCCAAUGCCCAUUUUGCAUCGUGAUUUGAAACCAUCCAACAUUUUGCGAAACGUCGACGGUAAUUGGUUGCUGGCAGACUUUGGAAUUAGCCGAUUCUUGAAGGCAGGUAUGAGCACCCAUCAAAGCAACCAGAGGGGAACUGAAGAUUGGAGAGCCGUUGAAUCGUCAUGUCCUUCGGACGUCAUAACUGAUGAUGGCAAAGUACGCUACAAGAAAGAAUCUGAUAUUCAG